GGGGGGCGGUGCGUGGUUCGAAGUCGGCGGCAGAGCGCGCGCCCCCGGUCGGCGGGCGGUUGGCUCGAGCCCCGGGCGCCCCGGAGUACCGCGGUCGGCGUUUCGCCUCUCUCUCCGCAGCAGGUUUCGCGCCCGGGCCCGCUAUGGCUUCCUUCACCUUCCAGGGCAGUGGUGGCGCUAAGAAGGAGGAGAAGGGCAAGAACAUCCAGGUGGUGGUGCGAUGCAGACCUUUUAAUGCCUCAGAACGUAAAGCAAGCUCCUAUGCUGUUGUAGACUGCGAUCAGACAAGAAAGGAAGUCAGUGUCCGCACUGGAGGAGUGACGGAUAAGACAUCAAGAAAGACUUACACAUUUGAUAUGGUUUUUGGAGCUCAGGCAAAGCAGAUUGAUGUGUACCGGAGUGUUGUGUGUCCCAUUUUGGAUGAAGUUAUUAUGGGCUACAAUUGUACAGUGUUUGCUUAUGGCCAAACUGGUACUGGUAAGACCUUCACAAUGGAAGGAGAGCGGUCACCCAAUGAGGAAUACACUUGGGAAGAGGAUCCACUAGCAGGUAUAAUACCCCGUACAUUGCAUCAAAUAUUUGAAAAGCUCUCGGAGAAUGGUACUGAAUUUUCAGUUAAAGUCUCUCUUUUGGAAAUCUAUAAUGAGGAGCUUUUUGAUCUUCUGAAUCCAACUUCUGAUGUUGGAGAAAGACUGCAGAUGUUUGAUGACCCUCGAAACAAGAGGGGUGUAAUUAUUAAAGGCUUGGAAGAAAUAACUGUACAUAACAAAAAUGAAGUCUACCAAAUCCUGGAAAGGGGUGCAGCAAAAAGAACAACUGCAGCUACUUACAUGAAUGCAUAUUCCAGCCGUUCCCACUCUGUGUUUUCAAUUACCAUCCAUAUGAAAGAAACAACAAUAGAUGGAGAAGAACUUGUUAAAAUUGGGAAGCUAAACUUGGUUGAUCUUGCAGGAAGUGAAAACAUUGGUCGUUCUGGGGCAGUCGACAAAAGAGCUCGUGAAGCUGGGAAUAUCAACCAGUCUCUUCUGACACUAGGAAGAGUUAUUACCGCUCUGGUAGAAAGAGCCCCACAUAUUCCAUACAGGGAAUCCAAACUCACAAGAAUCCUUCAAGACUCUCUUGGGGGACGAACAAAAACAUCAAUAAUUGCCACAGUUUCUCCUGCAUCUAUAAAUCUUGAGGAAACAUUGAGUACACUGGAAUAUGCCCACAGAGCAAAAAAUAUAAUGAACAAGCCUGAAAUUAAUCAGAAGCUAACAAAAAAAGCUCUUAUUAAGGAAUAUACUGAAGAGAUUGAGCGCCUGAAGCGAGAUCUUGCUGCCACACGAGAAAAAAAUGGAGUCUAUAUUUCCCUAGAAAAUUAUGAAGCCCUUAAUGGAAAGCUGACGGUUCAGGAAGAACAAAUUGUAGAAUACAUUGACAAAAUCAGUGUCAUGGAGGAAGAAGUGAAAAGAAUCACUGAACUAUUCACAGUUAAUAAAAAUGAACUUGAACAAUGUAAAAUAGAUCUGCAAAUCAAGGAGAAAGAACUGGAAGAAACACAGAAAGAUCUGCAAGAAACCAAGGUUCAUCUGGCUGAAGAGGAGUAUGUGGUUUCAGUCUUGGAAAACACAGAACAAAAUCUUCAUGGCACAGCUAGCAAGUUACUUAGUACAGUUGAAGAAACUACAAAAGAUGUAUCUGGUCUCCAUGCAAAACUGGACCGUAAGAAGGCUGUCGAUCAACACAAUGCUAUCAUCCAAAAUACAUUUGCAGGUCAAAUGAAUGUUUUGUUCAACAAAAUACAAGAUUCAGUUAAUGAAAACAGUUUGAAACAGCAACAGAUGUUGACAUCUUACACAAAUUUUAUAGGUGAACUCCUGUCUACCAGUUCUUCAGCAGCUAAUAUUAUUGCAUCAGUUGUAUCAGCAUCUUUUGCCUCUGUUAAAGAAUUGGUGUCUACUGAAGUUUCUCACGUGUCUGAAAAAAUAACACAACAUGAGAAUCUGUCACUUGAUUGUAAAGCUGAACUGCUGAGAUUAAUUGAGGAACACACAUCUGGAUUAGGAAGAGCAUUAAAUAGCUUGACACCAAUGGUAGAAUUUGUAUUGGGGCUAAACUGUCAGUUUCAGAAUAAUAUGAAGAAAUAUUCUGCUGUGGCUGACAAGAUGGAGAGUCAUAAUAAGGAAAUGGAUACCUUCUUUGGAGAUCUUUCUCUUGCUCUGAAAAACUUACGGCAAGAAACGGCUGGUGUUUUUGCUCAGCUUCAGCAUGAUUGUGAGAAUUUAAAAGAAGAAAUGGAAAUGACAAGGCUUGCACAUGCGAAGAGCACAGCUGAAUUAAUGUCCUCACUGCAAAGCCAGCUUGACCUGUUUGCUCAGGAGACUCAGAAGAACUUAAAUAAUGUACUUGCAAAAAAUGGGAGCUUGAAGACCACCAUCACUGCUGUGCAAGAAAAUGUUCACCUGAAAACAACAGACCUAGCCAGCAGUACAACUUCGAAUCACAGCAAAUUUACUGCCUCUCUGGAUAAUUUCUCUCAAGAACUCAGGAUCAUAAAUGCUGAAAACAAGAUGAUGCUGGAAAAAUCCACUGACCACUGUCAACAGCUUCUCAGCAAUCUCAAAAAUGUAUCUCAGGAUACUGAUAAAUGGGGUGAAUUUACAGCUGGUCAGAUAGUCAACUUUACCAAUCAGCAGCUAUUGUCCUUCAAUUAUGAGAAACAGCAACUACAGUGUCUAGAAAAGAAAAAUGAAAACAACUGUGAUAAAGCAAUAGCUGAAGUUGUUGACCAUAUCAGUAGACAAAAGGCUGUUGAGGAGAAGGUACUAAAUGACCUCCUUGACCAGAUGAAGGUUGAUCAGGAGAUAUUUGAGGAGCAGAAGCUUACGCUUAAUGAGGAAGCACAGCAUGGACUGACUCAAGUUAAUUGUUUCCUGCAAGAGGACCUUAAAGUCGAUAUUCCAACAGGGACAACUCCCCAGAGAAGAGACUACUUCUAUCCAGUCACACUUGUGAGAACAGAACCCCGGGAAAUUUUACUGGAGCAAUUAAGGCAAAAACAACUAAAGGUUGAUGCUAUGCUAAACAGUAUGACAAAGGAGGUGGAGGAUAAUGCAGAUCAGGACCUGUUGGAAGAGGAGGAGGGGUUGCAAGAAUCCAAUGAAAGCUUUGCUAGUGACAGAUCCUUAGUGGAUACAAAUAUAUGCUGCCAUGUAAAUGGUGGUAUUCCCUUUUUUCAGCACAAAAGGAGUCACAAAAAGGAUAAAGAGAACAAAUCUGCAGCUACAGUGGAGAAGAACAAAAUAGAGGAUAUGACGGAAUCACUUCUUCCCAAAUCUAAGCCUCCUCUAAGAUCACUGAACUAAGAUAACCUGGUUUUAAAUACUUAUGUCUGAUUGUCUACUGAGCCAUAACUUACUUUGGUUUUUCUCCAUCUCUGUAUAUAGUGAUACAUUGAUGCAAAGUUGGAUCAAAAGAUUGACCUGCAAGAUGUCCUGCCUUUAUCCAAUGUUUGUAUGCUGUAGCUUGCAAAAAUGUUAACUUAAAAAAAAAAAAAAAAAAAAAAAAGAAAAACAAACAAACAAAUACAAAAAACAAACCUGCAGAUUAUGGUGCUAUAUGGCUAUAUGUUAGAGUUUUAUGUUGUCAUAUAAGAGAUCCUUUUCUGUUUCUCAGUAGAUUUAAAACAGCAGAAAGGGAUGUGGAAAAAUGCUUUGUCAGCCUUAGUAACUACCAUUUUAUUUUUUUAAUUAGCUGUAAAUAAGUUCUGGUUUUGUACCUACUUUUUAGUCUGAUUCCUGUUUCUAUGAAGUAAAUAGUUGUCUUUUGACUGGGAUACUUCAAAUAAAUCAUUGAUACCUGGAAAACAAAUUUAUAAGUACCUCCCACAAACAAGCUUACAUAUGACUUUCAUUUUAUUACCAGAUUAAAUUUAGCUAAAACUUUAGCAGCUAUGUCAUAAGUCUUGUGCUGUCAGGAAAGGAUGGUUCCCUCCCUUGUCUUGUAACAGGCAACAGCUUUAUUUCAGUGCCUCCUUAGCGUAUGAAAGCUAGUCUCAACUGCUGGGUUUGGGUGGGUGGUUUUGGUUUUGUUUUGAACCCCAUGGUUCUUAUUUUCCUCUUAACCUGCAGCUGUGGUGUGUUGGCUUUUGUAUUGUAAACUGCCAGCAUUUCUUUUAACAUGUAGAUGCUUCACAUUAAAACAUGCAAACUUGUUUACAAAUGCAGCUCUAAUGUUGUAUAAUAACAGUACAUUUCCAGUAAUUGACAGUAGCGUCUGACCAGCUGUUCUUUUUAUGCUGCUUACCUGAGAAUUUAAAGAAAACUUCAAGCAAUGAUGUGCUAAAACAGCAGAUGAGCAGGAUUAUGAUGAAAGUGGGAAGAGACACUAGAAGACAACCUUAAUUUACAUUGAAGCACCAUUUUUAGCUAAUUGUAAAAAUAUGAUUGAAGAGAUUAUUCAUUUUCCUAUAUCUAGGUUCCUUUAACUUUUUGGCUAUUUGACAAAUAUGACAACUAGGAAUACUCUGGACACCAUUCAGACAGAACACUGCAGUCCUGCUGACAGACAGGAAAAUAUAAUUUGAACUAUGCCCUGGCACUGAUUCUCUGAACUCUCUAGCACGAGACACACCAUCAAUCAGUUGUUUGUCUAAACACCUGUCUUGCCUCUUAUCCCUUUUCUUUUGUCUCUGUGGGCAAAGCUAAUUGCUUUUUCUUAACAGCCUGAUAUGAGGGAAAGCAUUAAUUACCUUUCAAAUUUAUGAGACACAAUACAUGUGUUGUGGUAGGGGUUCUUUUUUGUUUUAGGGAGGUGUUAUGAUAUCUUGGGUACCUAGUUUAUACACCAAAUCUUUCUCUUGUUAUAUGGGACUUGAGACACUGCAAGCUGCAGGGCUGUCUUCAGAGAAUAGUGUAUUGAGAAAUUCUGGCACCAGAAACUUUGUGGAUACAAGAACUCCUCUGGUCAUUUUGUUAAUGCUGAUGAGGUAUUAGCAUGAUCUUCAGAGACUGUUCAAGAAAUCAUGUACUAAGUAAAAUUCAACCAGGAGAGUUGAUCCCACAGUACUAUUGGAGUGGCCUGAGCCAAAUGAGAGGGCCUUGUGCGAGCCGUUAACCCUGCUGCUGCUUUUUCCCUAUGGAGUUCACAGGAUCAGUAUGAAUGGAACAAACUGGAACAGCCAGUACCCAAGGAGGCUCACAGCCAUAAAACCAUGCUAGAAUCUGCACUUCCUAGUGCUAUCCUCUUUGAAACUGUCUCCUCUACUUAUUUGCUUUCCCCUGGUACAGGCACAGGCUCUUCUCCUGACAACUAGGGGCCUUAACCAGCCAUAUGAAUUUCAGGGGGUGCUUGCAUGCCCUCCCUUUUUCUGAAGUACCCCUCAGCGUUGAGCUUUCUUUUGUUUGCAGUACUGGCAUGGCAGAUCCUUGUUUCUGGAGGUCACACCAGAAAACUGAAUAGGGUAAAAAAUACAGAUGCAGAACCUGUCUUGGCUUCUCUGUCCCUGUCUCUUCUCCCACUAGAUGGCUCUAACACUUUAAGUGUUAGUCCAGAGCUCAAGUACUGGCCACUAACCAGGACUUACAAAUGAGCAAUUUUACCAAGCUUUUUGUCAAACAUCUGUUAAAAGACCAAGUUUCAAAAAAUAAUGUUGAAUUUGUACUUUCACAAAUAUAAUUUUAUAUUUGAGUUUGGGAGAGAGGUUGUUUCAUGAAGAGCCACAUUUGAGGAAAAAGAUGAUCUAGCCUGUGUCUUGAUCUUUGCUGUAGGGCUAAUGGAUGUCUUUAGUAACUAAAUUUUUGUCCUGACCUGCUGCCUGGGUUCACCACCGUGUAGGCCCAAAGUAGAAAGCAAUGCUUAUUUGUCUGUGAUAGUGUACAAUGAAAGAUGGAAGGAGAAAAGAAGGGUAAGGAAAAUAGUCACUGGAUUCACAGGUCUAAGCCAGAGGAAGAAAUGACAUGGUCCAGGCCAGCUUACAGGGUGCUUUGGAUUUAUCUUGUUAGAAGGCAUCCUUUAUUAGAAGAGUAGGAAGACGUUUCCACAGAAUAAAUAGCAAAGGCUUCCCCUGAUUGAAUCAGUUCAGCUGAACAUGAGGGAGAGUUGGGGUGACUGGGGCUGUACUAUGUGACCAUGUUCUGAUUAACCUGAUGGGGUUUUUUUUCAGAUUCUGGAUUAGUGGCCAACUGGGACAGCUCUCGAUUUAAUGAAAAACCUAGGCAGGAUGAAUGCGAUGUGGGGAAAUGAAGUGAGGAAAUAAAGGAGUUUAAUUGCAUGUUAAGGGGGAAUGCAAGGAGCGAUAAGAGAGCCAUGGGACGCACAGAUAAUCAGAGCCACCAGCUUGCUUUUCAAGUGAAAAAUGAGCAGUUGGGAGGAAAUGUAGGCAAGGAAACUUCCUGCUUCCUCCUGGAAAUGGGGGAGCUGUGCCACUUGCUGCAUCAGAGUCCUUGGCAGAUGCAGUAUUUUUUUUCUGUUAGGUGUCGGUCACCAUUGCCAACAGGUAGAGGAAACAAGAGGAAGCCUGUAACUCUUUGGAGCAAUAAAAGAAAAAAUAAAGCUAGAAGGAUGUGAAAAAAUAAAGUUUAAUAUUACUUUUCCAUCAAAAAGAGAUUGAAGGGGAAAGAAAAGAGUUCUAACGUUACAGAGUAUUAAAAACAGGAAAAAAGAAAUAGAUUUUAAAAUACAUAGUCAAUAAAGAUAUACUUUUUAAACAAGUGUUUACAACUAGUUGACUACUAUUUUUUUCUUUCCUUCCUUUUUAUGGUAGGGGUAAUGCUCUAUAAACUAUGUGCCCACCCACGCAGUUACUUUAUAAAGUUAAACAACAAUAAAUCGUGCUAGGCUUUGCAUUAAUAUGCUUUAUGUGACAUAGUAUUAUAGGUGAGAUGUAGACCACCUAGCAAAGCAGGCGGGUCCUGUAGGUUGAACUCAAACUCAAUCCACAGCAGCGUUGCUCUGCUCAAUCUGCUGCCGAAGGAGGGCACGUUAUAGCUGCACACGAGCUCCUCAGACAGGUAAAAAAGAGCCGAUGGUCGGUCCAGCAGUGUCUUGUCAGGGAAGAAGUUAGAAACAGCUGCCACUUUUAUAUGAGGUUUGAAAAUUGUUCCAUAUUUCCAGAUUUCUAAAAGUUCAUGAGAAGACUGUCGGCUUUCAGGUGGCACAAGAUUAGAUUUUGUAAAAUAAUGGAGGUUAGCUGAAUUGUUUCCCUUUUCUCCACAAUAUUAAACAUAUAUAAACAUUCACUUUACUUCCUUAGUUAUACUUGAAAUGCUUUUGUAGCUCUUGGUCUGUUCAUAACCUAAACAUUGUAAUUCAAAGAAUGAGGCACAAUGGCUAAAAAUUUUAACUUGACUACUGUGUUUUGUUUAUCAAAAAUUACCAAAAUGUAAUAAUGAAAUAAAUAGAAAUAAGACAUAGAA